AAAAUCGACCAGGGUGUAUUUUAGAUUGUUUACCUCCAAAUCCAACAUUCAUUCAGCUUGCUACUAAUGUAUCUUCAACAAAGGCUCUGUGGCUAAAACUGUUGUCAAAUCCAAAAACAAGCAUUGUAUCCGGAAAUGCAAUUUUCAAAAUAUCAAUUGCCUGUUCAA